AUUUUGAUUUUUUGAUGCACAUGGUCGACAUGGAAUCGGCCUCGAGUGAUUAUAAUUGUAAUAAGGAUGAAAAUCCACAGAAAUAUAGAAAAAUGGGGACAUCUGUGCUUGAUAGUUUCACCAAAUUAACUUCUGAAGAUGAGAAGACGAGGGUUGAGGGUGGAACAACAUUGUUGAGGCAUUUGUCGCAGCAGAAGAGCGACGAUCCAGAGAGUAAAGAGCUGGAUUAUUCCUUGAGACGCCUCAUUCGGGGUCUAGGAGGCUCUCGUCUCUCUUCCAGGAGGGGUUUUUAUGCCACCUUGACAGCUUACCUGAAGCUCCAUCCAGAAACUGAGGUGAACUCUCUCCUGGAGACGAUGGAGACAGAGUUAAAGUCUUCAGGUCACAAUUCCAAGAGUGAGAACGCCGAUAUCUUCAUGGGGAGAAUUCUCUUCUGCGGUUCCCUCAUACGUUCAAAACUUCUGGAGUCUUCGCCUCCAGACUUCCAGCAGAAGGUGAUCGAGAUACUACUCCAGGCUGGGAGUAAACGAAGUUACCUCUCCUUCAGCUGCAGCUCCUUCCUCCUGGAGUUCCUCCAUCAACUGACGCCAAAGUCAUUGAAGAUCAGCAUCUGGCCGAUCCUGGAGAGGGAGCUGGGGAAACCGUGGUCAGAGCAGACCCUUGACACCUUCUACACUCUUCUGAUAAUGUCGACCAAAUUUCCCACUCUCGUCAACAAGAAAUUCCUCAGGGAGCACCUCGGGACGGACUCAAUAAUCGAUGAAAAAUCUCUGGACAGCCAGCUGAAGCUCCUGACAGACAUUCCGAGGAUAGUCUGCCACCGUCAUCCCCUGUACCCCAUUUUCUGCGAGCAGCUGGUCUCCUCUAACUACCUCAUCCCCUUCUGGACAGGUCUGGAUAAACGUUUCGUCAAGCCAUCGAGAACCAUCGAGCAUCUGUCCCUCGAGAUCCUCAAUCUCAUCGUCACCAACAUCAAGGACAAGACCCUCCUGCCCGCCCUUCUCACUCCGAAUUUCCUCCAUCACAUGCUGAAGAGAUUCACCAGCAACAAGAGAAACAAGCACGACGACGUAGCGAAUGCCUUCAAAAAAUUCCUCAGUCACCUGGUGACUCAAUUGGACGACAAAGAAUUAAAAUCCAAGACAGCGAUAUCAGUUAUCAAGAAGCUCGUGAUGCAUCCAGGGGACUUGAUGAUCGAGAAGAUCACGGGGACAAAAAUUCUCCAGAUGAUUACCUCCAACCUGGAUACGAAUGGAGUCAAGAAGCUCUCGAAGUUUUACAACGAAAUCGUGUCGAAUUCAGUUAUGAAGAGAAUUAAGGAGAGAGAAGAGCCUUGGACAAAUUCAGAGAGAACAUACGUGGGGCAAUUGCUGAGUAAAUUAUUGGGACACCCAGCAGUCGCCUCGGAGCAGUCCUGGCGACUGGAGCAGCUCAAGUUGCUGUUCACCCUGGGACUUUGUGAGACGUCCAACGUGGGGGUAGAACUGGCUCCUGUCUUCAAGGAGAGUUUUUAUCGAGCCCUAGACCACAAGCUCCCAAAACUCGACGAUCUAAAAUCAGUCCUCACAGAGUUGAUAACCCAAAUCGAUAAGGAACUCUUUGAUGAGAAAACGAAGAACUUGAGAACGCCAUUACCAGAGACUGCUGUUGACUCCUGGAAAAAGGUUAUCUCCUUCAUCAAGAAGCCAGAGAAAUCGUUCAAGAAUAAACACGCUGUUCUCAUCUUCUACACGAUGGACUUGAACAUGGGACUCCAAUUAUUCUCAGACCCAGAGAUGGCAAUUUCUGCUAUCAACGAGAUCCACUGCUGUGCGGAUCGAUUAAAAUCAUCGAAAUCCCCGAAGAAGCAGAAUGCCCAGGCGGAGGAUGAAGAGCCUGUGUGGGUGGAGGUGAUCGUUGAUCUGCUGCUCUCAUUGCUCUCCAGGAACAGUCACUUACUGAGAUCUUUAGUUCGCUGUGUCUUCCCUCACGUGUGUCCCCUGCUGACAUCCACAUCAAUUCAUCAGAUCCUGGCAGCACUGGAUCCGAAAGACGACAAGGGACCCCUGAGGAAGGGCUCAGGGGAUUCCGACUCGUCGUCCGACGAGGAUCAGUCAGAUGACGAUAAAUCUGAUGAGGAGGAGCAGUCCGACGAGGAGGAAGAGGUGUCAGAGGCUUCAGACGAUGAUGACGUCGACGAGGAUGAGACAAUUACAGACAAGUUGAGGCUAGCUGUGCGACAGGCCCUGGGGGAAGCCUCAGCCCAGACUGACGACGAGGACGUCGACAUCGACGAUAUCGACGAGGAGGAGGGCAAAAGGUUGGACGAAUCCUUGGCAGCUGCUUUCAAGAUCCUCAGGGAGAAUCGUUCCAAUAAAAAUAAAAAACAAGGAAAAUCAGCAGAGGCUCUAACCCACUUCAGAGUUCGGGUGAUGGAUCUUCUUGAAAUUUAUCUGGACUCUGAGCCAUCCAUGGCACUAGCUCUCGACAUGCUCGUUCCUCUGUUUGCACUUUUGGAAUUUUGCAUCAAAGAUAGUCAUCAAAAACCUCUAGAGAACCGGGUAAGAUCUUGUCUGAAGAAAUUGUCAGGUGUUAAGAAAUUCAGGGACACAGAGGGGGUGGAUGAGCAGUUGAUAGAGGACCUGGGGAAACUCCUCGUGGAGAAGGGGGAGAGAUCGACCCUGAUUUGCCAGGAGAUGGGAGAUAAAUUAGCUGAGUGUUGCACUUUUCUCAUUAGAUGUGUCCAGCAGGCUCGUCUUGCCUCUGACACUCUAGUCAGGUUCUAUGGUGAGAAUUUCACAGCUUUCUUCAAAAAGAGAGAUUGCGUGUUGCCGGCUACGUUGUUCAGAAAUGCUCUGCAGUUAAAUUGGGAGGGCAACUGGGAGCUAGUGCCUCUCAUUGUGGAUUAUGCAUUCGAUGGGAGCAUAAGAUCGUUCAGGAGGGGACAGGCUCUGGAGUUCUUGACGACGUUUUACAAGAAUCACAGACUGAUCAGCAGUGGUAAAGGGAGUGUUAAAGAGACGAUGGAGAGAACAUUGGCCCGGAAUUGUUUGAGUUUGUUCGAGGAACUGCGAGAGGGACAGGUGAAUGGAGAAGGAAGAAAGGAGGUGAGACAGAAAUUCCUAGGAGUUCUUUGGAGACUGCUGCAUGCUGUGCAUUCUCAGCAGAUGGAGGGUGUCUGGGACUGGGGGAAGAUUGGCGAGGCCAUCGCUGGGUACAGGAAAGGUGUCUCUCUGUCUAAGGACGCCAAAACUGCGUACAAUAGAUUGGCAACACUCAUUGGGGCACCGAAAAAUAUUCAAGAUGAGGGUGACAGGAAGCAGGAGAUCAAUGGAGUUCACAGAGACUCUGGGGUGAGGGUUGAGGACGAAUCAGCUGAGAGUGGGGAUGAGCAAUCCAUCAAGAAAUCGAAAAAGGAGAUUAAGAAGAAAUUGAAAAAUUUGAGCAAGAAGAAGGAGAAACAGAUGCUGAAGAAGGAAGCGAGGGAGCUCAGGGCCAAGGCCAUGGGUGAGGGCCUCGAUGGAGUUGAAUUCAGCUCUGUGGUGCUCAAUGGAGGCAACGAGGGCAUGGAGAAUGGCGUCGGGGAAGACAAUAGAACUCUGGGGAAGAAGAGGAGUGCCAGUGCCAGUGCCAUCGAGACCCCUGUCAAAUCGAAAAAGAAAAAGGGAACUAAAUAGAGCCAAAUUGGAAAUACUAUUGAAUUUUCGAAUGUUUAAUUGAUGGAACGAGUCGAUCGUUCUGGAGAGGAUGAGGGAAUCUGUGACGAUUUUUUAUUUGUAAUUCUUUACAGCACUUCAUCACAAGCUUCCAAGAACUUAUCAUGAUUGUUAUUUUUAUAUUGUGUACUGAGUAAUUGCGAGCAGAUCAUUACUACUCUGUACGGAGGAUCAGGAGACGAGUGGUAAAAUGUAGAGACAUUAUUGAUUUUAGGAGAAAAUGAUGAGAUAUUUUUGCUUCUGAAUUUAUCUGUUCGAGACAUCAUUUUUUAUUCGUCAUAAUGAGUUCUACCGUUGUACGACUGAAGUUAAUGAAUCCCGUUUGUAAAUAAAAUCGAAAAAUGGAAACUUGAUAUUUUGAGAAAUAAAAAAUAGAGCAAAAGUA